UCUUUUUAAUGCCCAGGAAACACACAACUAUACAUAUGCUCUCUCAGAAAAAAUAGAAAGGUGUGCAGAGAAACCCACAAAUCUCAGGUAUGCUGCAGUGAUGGGCGACAGGGGAUGGAUCACCUGAUGAUUACCUGUUCUGUUCAGACCCUCUGAAGCACCUGGCAUUGACCACUGUCGGAAGACAGGAUACUGGGCUAGAUGGACCUUGCGUAUGACCUAAUUUUGAACAUGAAAAUCCCUUGGCUAAUGAUCUGGAUUGGAGCACUAUUUUCCAAUCCAGUCAAGACUGACUGCAAUAUUACUUCUCUUUCUGUCACUUGUGAGGAAUCUGCAAAGAAUUACUCUUCUAUCCCUACCUCCCUAAGUAAAAAUGUUACUAAACUGUAUCUUAGCAAUAACAACAUUACUUUAAAUGAUACCGACAAAAAGGUUCUGCAGCUAUUUAUUAACUUGACUGAACUCUAUCUGAAUGAAAAUGCCAUUACUGUGCUACAUAAUAAUACCUUCUGCAAUCUGUCAAAACUCACAGUUCUAGAUAUUAGUAGUAAUUAUAUCAGUACAAUUGAACAGGCUGCAUUUAAAGGCUUAAAUCAACUAUCCAUAUUGUAUCUAAAUCAUAACAAAAUAUCCCAGUUGGAUUCUGACACAACUGCAUCGCUAAAAAACCUGAUGAUUUUGAGUCUACAGGACAAUUUGUUGAAGUACUUAGAUGUAAAAGCAUCAUUUAAACUUUUUACCUUAAAUGGAAAUCCAUGGAAUUGUUCCUGUGGCCUGCUCAGUUUACAGAAAUGGUUGAAUACCUCAAAUGUGACAAUGGAACAUGAAAAUGAUACUCUGUGUGCAUAUCCAGAUGUCUGGAACAAAUCGUCUAUCAAGACAGCACCUAUCCAAAAAUCUGAUUGUGACUCGAGAAGAGGUUCUAUAGCAAUCACUACACCUUCCACAUCUGCCAUCAGUCCUAAAAUCAUUUCCAUUUUAACAUCCUCUCUCAAUUCUUCAAACAACAAUAUUAGGAGCAAUGCAUCAUAUCCAGGUUCUCCACCUCUUGGCAAAAGUUGGGUCUUUCUGCUUGGUGUUCUGGUGUUUGUCCUAAGCUCUUCACUACUGAUUUUUAUUGCCAUAAAAUUCCCACUGUGGUACCUCUACUUGAUCAGCUACAAUCACCGUCGUCUGAAAGAAUAUGAACCAGAAAUGUUUGAUAAGGAGUUCACAACUGAUCUGAGCACUUCUCCAUCAAUAUCAAAUACCAAUGAGCAAGAUUCCAUUGUAGUAUUUGAACAAACUCAUACAUUUGUACUUGACGAGGAUGGAUUUAUUGAGGACAAAUAUAUAGACGACCCUGGAUUAACUGAAGAGGUCUAAAUUCUUAUAUAAUGGAUGAUAAUUUGGCUUUUCAAUAGCUGAUUAUAUAGGAUCAAUCCAUUCAAAAUCUUGUAUAUAAAUAUUUCUAGUAUAUAUCACAGAUAGAACUCAAAGCCCUCAAUCUCUCUCUUUUGGACAAAUGUGUGGCACAUGUUGUAUUAACUGUAGAAGUAAGAAAUCUGGUGAUGUGCAUGUAUUACCACAGUAACAAAUAUUUCAAAGUACAUAAGCAUAUACUCCGUAUGUCUGACACUAAAAUCUCACUGUUUGAUUAUAAUGGGGGGAAAUAACACCUACUUCUUAUAUAGUAUUUUCAUCAGUAGAUCUCAAAACACUUUACAAAGGUAGCAUCGUUACCUCUGUUUUACAGCCAGGAACUGAGGAACAGAGUGGGGAAGUGACAUGCCAAUGUCACCCAGGAGGCCACUGGCAGAAGUGGGAAUCGAACCCAGGUCUCCUGAGUCUCAAUUCAACGCUCUAUCCACUAGGCAAAACUAAAAACAUUGAUUAGAGCACUUGGGAUUUUCCAGCUAAGCCAAACUCAGUUUUCUUUAUUCAUAAACAAAAAGUAUUUGUUUGAGUAAGCAAAAUAAAAAUGCUGUCUCACCUCCACCACUUGAAUGCAUCCAAGGACAAACUAUCAUUAUUAUAUACCAGCCACCUUUUUAUCUUCUGCCACUGUUGCCUGAUGUCUUUUUUGUUAACAUGUUAUGAAUAUUUGAAAACUGCCAAUGCAGUACAUAUUUUUCAUAACUUAAAGAAAGCACUGAGACAGGUAAUGUUUAAAUUGCAGGUAGAUGAAUCUCUUCAAGAUUUUCAAAUAUGUUGUUGAGAUAUAGGAAAACAUUUUAUUUAAGGAAUAAUUUAUGGUAAAUGAGAAAAUAGACAUUUGUUUUUAAUAUUAGAAGAAAAAUGUAUUUUGCAUUAUUUCACAAAAGUGUUUAUAAAAUACAGUGGAUAGCAAAAUGCUCCACAUUUUUCAUCAUUUUUGAUUAAACUUUUAAAGUCACAAGAUCUUUACAUUGUAUAAAAAACAAGAUUUGAAACAUUAAUGGCCCAAAUCUAUCCUCAAAUAGACCCACUGGAAUAAACGCCAAUAUUUAAAAAGGGCUCUAGAGGUGAUCCCGGCAAUUACAGACUGGUAAGUCUAACGUCUGUACCGGGCAAAUUAGUCGAAACAAUAGUUAAGAAUAAAAUUGUCAGACACAUAGAAAAACAAACUGUGGAGCAAUAGUCAACAUGGUUUCUGUAAAGGGAAAUCGUGUCUUACUAAUCUAUUAGAAUUCUUUGAAGGGGUCAACAAACAUGUGGACAAGGGGGAUCCAGUAGACAUAGUAUAUUUAGAUUUCCAGAAAGCCUUUGACAAGGUCCCUCACCAAAGGCUCUUAUGUAAAUUAAGCUGCCAUGGGAUAAAAGGGAAGGUCCUUUCAUGGAUUGAGAACUGGUUAAAAGACAGGGAACAAAGGGUAGGAAUAAAUGGUAAAUUCUCAGAAUGGAGAGGGGUAACUAGUGGUGUUCCCCAAAGGUCAGUCCUCGGACCGAUCCUAUUCAACUUAUUCAUAAAUGAUCUGGAGAAAGGGGUAAACAGUGAGGUGGCAAAGUUUGCAGAUGAUACUAAACUGCUAAAGAUAGUUAAGUCCAAAGCAGACUGUGAAGAACUUCAAAAAGAUCUCACAAAACUAAGUGAUAGGGCAACAAAAUGGCAAAUGAAAUUUAAUGUGGAUAAAUGUAAAGUAAUGCACAUUGGAAAAAAUAACCCCAACUAUACAUACAAUAUGAUGGGGGCUAAUUUAGCUACAAGUCAGGAAAAAGAUCUUGGAGUCAUCGUGGAUAGUUCUCUGAAAAUGUCCACGCAAUGUGCAGAGGCGGUCAAAAAAGCAAACAGGAUGUUAGGAAUCAUUAGAAAGGCGAUAGAGAAUAAGACUGAGAAUAUAUUAUUGCCCUUAUAUAAAUCGAUGGUACGCCCUCAUCUCAAAUACUGCGUACAGAUGUGGUCUCCUCAUCUCAAAAAAGAUAUACUGGCACUAGAAAAGGUUCAGAAAAGGGCAACUAAAAUGAUUAAGGGUUUGGAACGGGUCCCAUAUGAGGAGAGAUUAAAGAGGCUAGGACUCUUCAGCUUGGAAAAGAGGAGACUAAGGGGGGAUAUGAUAGAGGUAUAUAAAAAUCAUGAGUGAUGUGGAGAAAGUGGAUAAGAAAAAGUUAUUUACUUAUUCCCAUAAUACAAGAACUAGGGGUCAUCAAAUGAAAUUAAUAGGCAGCAGGUUUAAAACAAAUAAAAGGAAGUUCUUCUUCACGCAGCGCACAGUCAACUUGUGGAACUCCUUACCUGAGAAGGGUGUGAAGGCUAGGACUAUAACAGAGUUUAAAAGAGAACUGGAUAAAUUCAUGGUGGUUAAGUCCAUUAAUGGCUAUUAGCCAGGACGGGUAAGGAAUGGUGUCCCUAGCCUCUGUCUGACAGAGGAUGGAGAUGUAUGGCAGGAGAGAGAUCACUUGAUCAUUGCCUGUUAGGUUCACUCCCUCUGGGGCACCUGGCAUUGGCCACAGUCGGUAGAUAGGAUACUGGUUUAGAUGGACCUUUGGUCUGACCCGGUACGGCCUUUCUUAUGUUCUUAUGUGUUUCAUCUAAUUAAAAAUCAACUUCUUUAUUAAAAUGCAUUGAAACAAUAUUUUAAAUGUACUUUAGGACUAUGCUGUACUUUAAAAAGUUGACUGAA